AUGAGCCAAGAAAAAAUUGACAUAUUUGAAAGUAAGUUGUCAGAAGAGAGAGAAAGGAGAAAGCAAUCGACAUCUGAUCUUAAUACUGUACAGAAGGCUUUGAAGGUUGAUAGUGAGGAGUUGCAAAAAUCAAGGUCAGAACUCAUAUGCCUUUAUAAUGAAAUUCAAAGUCUUCCAAGGGCAGCAGAAUACAGAGACAAUUAUUUAAUAACAUAUGACCUGCUACAAAGAGAGAAUUCUGAAUUAGAAACAAAGGUCUUGAAGCUUUCACAAGAAUUUGAACAAUUAAAUCAUUUUACUGUAGAGAGAAAAACUGCAGCUACUAAUUUAAUUACAGGUGAAAAUAUCUGUAAAGAUCUUGUGUCUAAAGAACCAAUUUUGGAAGUAGAGAUUCAAAGCCCAAAGGAAGAGGAAAAGGAACUCUGUCCUGAACUAGGAGAAAGUAAGCAGAAGGAAAUUCCUGAGGAGUCAGUAGAGGAGGGCACUUUGCCAAAAGAGAGGCAGGAGGAGGAGGACUCACAACAGAACCAAGAUAUGAAAGGCGGAGAACAACAGUUGACCUUGAAGCCUGAGGAAACUGUGAGGCUUAGAGAAGAGCUGAAUUGUGUAAAUCGGAGCUUCCUUCCAUCUCAGAGCUCUGGGGAUAGUUCAGAUGACUGUGGUACCCAGUAUCUAUCAUCUGGAGAAAAACAGAAAUACCAGCAGCAAGAGGAUAUACAACAGCUUCGCCAGAAUUUACACCGGCUCCAGAUUCUGUGCAGCUCAGCCGAAAAAGAGCUCCGGUAUGAGCGAGGAAAGAAUUUGGACUUAAAGCAGCAUAAUAGCUUACUUCAGGAAGAAAGCAUUAAGAUCAAAAUUGAACUAAAGCAGGCCCAGCAGAAGUUAUUAGAUGGUACAAAGAUGUGCUCUUCACUCACGGCAGAAUGGAAGCACGGUCAGCAGAAAAUCAGGGAACUGGAGCUGGAGGUACUUAAACAGGAUCAGAGCAUUAAAUCACAGGACAACCUGAAGGAAAAGCUGGCUCAAGAGAAAUCAAAAGUCGCUGAUGCAGAGGAAAAGAUUUUGGAUCUGCAGCAGAAAUUAGAACAUGCUCAUAAAGUCUGUCUCACAGACACUUGUAUUUCGGGAAAGAAGCAACUGGAGGAAAGGAUAAAGGAAGCACUAGAAAAUGAAGCUAAGACAAAGCAACUAUAUCAGGAGGAACAACAGAAGAGGAAACUCCUAGAUCAGAAUGUAAAUGAGCUACAAAAGCAAGUGAGAAUCUUACAAGAUAAAGGGAAUCAACUGGAAAUAACCAGUUCUCAGCAACAAUCCAGAAUUCAGCAACAGGAGGCCCAACUUCAAAAAUACUUGGAAAACAAGAAAGAAAAAUCGGAUGAGGUAAGAAAGUAAAUAGACAUACUUUCUCAAAGUUUGAGCAAAAGGCAGAGAGAGAGAGAGAGAGAGAGAGAGGUCUACUUGAGGAUCCUGAGUAGACUCCAAAUUUACUUUUACAGAGACUUCAAUGAGAAACAUCACCACCACAAAGUCAAGCUUGGCCGAGUCAAGAACCUUUUACUUCAGGAAGUAGAGCUGCGAGAAAAGAGAAUUGAGCAUUUGGAAAAUGAAGUCAGAAUCCUGCAGCACCAAGUGGAAAAGGAGAAGGCAUUCCAGGACAAGAUCAUUGCUCAAAAUGAUAUACUGCUCCUAGAGAAAAGGAACCUUCUGGAAAAACUCACAGAGAAAGAAGAAUUAAUCAAGAGCAAUAAAGGGGUAACAUCUUCAGUCCAGAACAAAGUACUUCUCCUGGACAAAGAAAAUAAGCAUUUGCAGGAAACCAGUCUCUGGCUCAAACACCAGGUUGGCUUCUUAGAGAGUAUCAUAAGGAGCAUCCAGAUUCGCAGAGAAGAGGAGACAAAAAUUAGUAACAUCCCUGAAUUUGAAGUAUUUUAUAAAAUCUUGCCCCUUCCAAACUCCAGUUUUUCAGGAACAGGUUUGGUAGAGUCAGAUGGAAGUCUUCAAGGGAUUGAAGAAAAUAAGUCAGAAGAAGCAAUGCCAAACCCCAAGUCCUCCAAGUCUCUUUCAUGUUCACAGAAUUCUAAAGCUGGAUAUGUAAAUGUGCCUUUUCUUAAAGAGACACAUUGCAUCGUAGAAGAAGACCAGAAGUCAGAACUAUAA